CCACCGGGUGUCAGUAGAGGCUGUUACAGUAACUUCUUCGCUUCUGCACGCGGAAGUUACAAAAUUAGAUAACAACAACAAUCACGCUUUUGCACCUCUGUCGAAGGUUAAUGUACAUAUUUAAUCAUGGUUAACAUUGGAAUGACCAAAGUGGAUGACGCUGUUGCGGCAAAACAUCCGGGCUUGCAACGCUAUGCAGCUUGCCAGUCACAUGCAUUCAUGAAAGGAGUUGGUACUUUUAUUGUAGGUACGGGUACAUUGUUUUUCCUUCAAAGAGUUGUGCAAAAAAGACUCCCUUAUCCUCUUCAAUGGAAUCUGCUGGUAUCGAUAGUGUCCUCUUCUCUUGGGAGCUACGCUGUCACGCGGUGGGAGACAAAGAAAUGCACAGACCUGUGGGUUUAUCUCGAGACUGGAAGCUAUCCAGACAGAACGGUCCCAGAGGAGGAGCCCCCUGCCCCUGCCGAGCCUGCUGGUCCUAAAAAGACAGUGUAUGGAGAUGUCAUGGAGUAAUGGCCUAGUCACAACCUCUGGAGCUGCUGUCCGACAAUGUCUGGGAACACCAGAGCAGACCUUGUUCUGUACCCAGAGUAUAGAGGCCAACACGCCAGCAUUUAUUUAUUUUGAUCACAAAGUGAUGGAUAAAAGGAUAAAAGCAAUGGAUAAAUGGAUAAAAGCAAGUCUAUGCUGUUUUUAUCAAUGGACAUUUCUCCUGGGUUUACAUGCUCUUGUGGAAGAGCAGGUAAAUAAUGGGAACCUUGAACACCUGCAAAGCUGUACAUUUUUAGCUUCAAUAAAUCAUAACAACGGCUUGGA